AUGAAGACAUUAAAAAAGGAAUACAGAAAAUUAGCUUUGCAACUACAUCCAGAUAAAUGUCAUGCUCCACAUGCAACUGAAGCUUUCAAGGCACUUGGAAAUGCGUAUGCUGUUCUUUCAAACAAAGAUAAGCGAGAUCAAUAUGACACUUAUGGCAGCGCUUCGCCCAGCCCUAGACGUCGUGGGCAUAGCGACUACUUUGAAUAUGAUUACAAUCGCGGUUUUGAAUCCGACUUCUCUGCCGAGGAGAUCUUCAAUAUGUUUUUCGGUGGAGGGUUUCCUGGAGAACAAAUUCAUCGGCGUCGAGCUCAUUUUCAUCAACAGCAACACCGUCAUGAACAUGCGCAUGAACAACAAGCCUACUCUCCACUUUUGCAAUUGUUUCCACUGAUUGCCAUGCUUAUUCUUGGACUCGUCGCUCAAUUUAUGGUGUCUGAACCCGCCUUUUCCCUUCACCAACAAGGGAAGUACAAUAUUCGUCGAGAGACUCCGGAACUUCAUGUGCCCUAUUUCGUCAAAUCCGAUUUCUUGCAGAAUUACAAAAGUCAAUUAAAACGAGUUGAACAACAAGUAGAGGAUGAAUACAUACAACAAUUACGAAUGCAAUGCUACAAGGAACAAAAUCAAAGGGAUACAAUGAUUUAUCGUGCGAGGAUAUAUCAAGACAUCGAUCUGUUGAAACGGGCUGAAAGAAUGACGCUGGAUGCUUGUGAUCGAUUGAAGCAAAUUUAUCAACAC